UGGCGGGCCAGGGCCGGGGGGUUUUGAGGUACCGAAAGUGUUUUCCCGGCCCCAAAUCCCCUCACAGCGGGCCCUGGAGGCCGGGCUGAGCCGGGCUUCCCUCACAGGGCUCCCCCUGUGCUGCUUCCGUGCCCAGGAGCUGCCUCUGGGUGCCCCUGCAGCCCCGGGCAGGCGUCACCAGCCGCCCUGCUCCCCUCGGCCUCUCUCUCUCGUCAGGUGCCGAGCCGGGAUGGGCUUUGCGGAGGACAAGGUGUACGGCCACAUCCUGAGGAACAUGGACAAGUUCAAGAACAUCCACGUGGCGUCGCUGGUCGAUUCCCUCAGCUGCCUCACCGAAGCGGACAGGGAUGAACUUCAUACCCGAGAGGAGGUGCGUGGCAGCAAUGCUACCGCCUACAAGUUUUAUCAGCAUGUGAAGUGCCGCCGGGGCUGGGUGACCGACCUGAUCAAUGCGCUGCACCAGAACAACGCGGGGCACCUGGCCGAAGAGCUGCAGCAGGUCUAUGACCUCUACCAAACCUCUCCUCCGAGAGCCGCAGCUCCACCAGCUGCUCCAAAUCCUGUCGCCGCCUCCUUCCCUCCCGAUGCCCGGCCUGCCGCCUCCGUCAGUGCCCAGCUGCCAUUUCCGGGGCCAAAACCCGCUGUGGACGCCCCGCUGGCCGAUCCUCCUCGCUGCACCUCGCUCACCGGUGGCCAUCCUCCUCCCCAGCGCGCUGCUGCCACCGCUGCGAGCCCAGCUGGGAGCUCAGCUGCAAGCACGGACGUUCCCAGCACCGACCUGGACGCCAGGGCCCCUGUGCAGGAGAAGCCCCUGGAAAAAAAGAGCCCCCAGCCACCGCUGCAGCCGGUGAGCACAACCUAUGAUGGAGCGAGCGAUGGGCACGGCGCGGAGGGGUCGCUCCCGUGCCCCGCCGAGGCUCAGCGGGUGGCAGCGGGGCUCCCCGGGGCUGCCGGCGUGGUUUUGCCGUCGGCUGCUCCCCCCGAGCAGGGCCGGGAGUGGCUGAGCCAGCGGUACCCGGUGUGCGUGGACAACGGGUGCUUCGGGAACGCCAAGCACCUGCACCGCGCCGCGCCGGGCUCGGGGCUGGGCACGGCCGUCCCGCUGAGGGACCCGGUCACCGCUCGGGGCGCGGGGCAGCCCAGGAACGAGCCCCAGGAAGACGUUUACAUCUCCGCCGAGUUGCCCACGGGGUUGGCAGAGCCCCCGUGCCGGGGAGGGGCGCAGGAGAAACAGGCUGCGCUCGGUCCUGAGCACGGAGGGCCUCCGAGCAGCUUCGUGGAUGUGCGCAGCCCCCUCCUCAUACAGCAGCAGUUUGAUGCAGAGCAGAAGCGGGUCGGGAUGCUGCGAGGGCACGAAGGUGGAGACGCUCGGAUGGAAACAACCGCCCCGAUCGCCGCCCCCAGAGACACUUCCCCAUCCCACGACGUCUCCUGGAAGCUUCCUGUGCCAGAGAAAAUGCUGCCUGCGGGGAAGGCAGCCAGCAGCACCCACUCCGUGCCAGCAGAGGAGAAAGUGCUCCAGGCCUCCAUGGCCCCUCUCCGUGGCCCAGCAGUCGGGGGAAGCUCUGUAGGCACAACCGGGAGGACGUCCUCCCGGGGGAGCUCUGCCACAAGCAUCUGGGCCUCUGCCAACGGCCCGGAGGAGGACGUGGAGCUCAGCAAGCCGGGCGUCCUCCUCUCCCUGGCGGGGGAUAGCCCGCAGGAAGCUGCCGGGCACAAAAGCGGCGCCGCUUCCGAGGCCACCGAUCACCUCGGCUUGAGCAGCGACCCGCUCCUGGUGAGCGCGGACAGCUCAGGUCCCGGGGAAGCACCGAACGGAUCCGCCUCAGGACGCUGCUCCUCAGCUCCUGCAGCGCCCGGCGGAGAAGAAGCAGGCGGAGCACGCUCCUGUUCCCCGCUGAGCUGGAGAACCGACGAGAUCCGCGUGGCUCACAGCCCCAGCGCCCUGCUGGAGGCGAGCAACGACGUCCACGAGGGAGCAGGUCCCUUGGGCAGCCCUCCGGCUUCUGACUCGAGCGGCGUCCCCAGCCCUGGGGACGGCCCCGGGCUGUCCCUGCCCUACCUCGUCCCGGCUGUGGGCAUCGCGCUCAUCUCCGCCGUGGCGUUCCUGGUGUACGCCCGGCUGCAGAAGUAGCGGAGCGGAGAGAAGAUGGGGUGCCACGGCCGGCACGUGGGAGGUUCCCAGCAGGAACUCGUCUGGCACGUUUGAACCCUGAGGAGCAGCCGGAUUCCAAAUUUGGGUCCCUAAUUUCCCUCCUGCCCCCACGGAGCAGCUUGGAGCGCACGGGGAUCGGGCUGCAGGGCUUCCAAACGAGAUAAAACCCCAAACCCAAAUAAAUUCCGC